UUGAGACUCAUCAGACUAAAUUCUGUUUUGGACUCUGAAAUAUUUUUGUACGAGGGGAGGGAAAUAAAAACAAAAGCUCGGGCGGUUUGCUUCCCGUGGUGCUGACCCACAGCACCACGUAUCUGGUCCACUUCCCACACCCUGCAGUCACAAUGCAAGAUCCAUAUGACCUCAAUGGCCUCCUCGGGUCUGUAUGUCACGCCCACUAGUUGAAGAUGGUGUCAAUAAUUUUAUCUGCAACUUUUUUUCAGGAACUAAGUAACUGUCACCUUUGGUCUGCAGGUGUAUGUCUUUACAGAGAUCCCCUAACGCUCCGUUAUUCGCUAGCUCCGCCUGUCGGUGUACGCUUUACCCCAAACCGUGCGCACCCACUUACUAAACCACGCCCACUCGAGUCGCCAUCACAACAGUCGCAACCGCGGCUAGCUAAUGUAGCUCAGCGCAGUGGUUGAGGUCGGAGGUGAGACCCCGACGGUCCGUCUCUUGAAGAGGGUUCAUACCGGCGACCGGAUCCCCGUGAACAGCCCGACCCCCAGCAUGUGCUCCGUCGCCGGGUGUGAGUCGGGAUGUCGCGGCGCGCGGCGGUUCAAGUUGCCGGAGGACCCGGAGAGGAGACUGGAGUGGGUCCAGUUCCUCGCCGCGGUCAACAAGCAGCGAUUUAAAGAGUCGUCCUGCACAGACAUCACCAUCUGCAGCGAGCACUUUAACGAGGCCUGUUUGGACCACCGGACAGCGACCCAUCCAGGGGGGACGGGGACGGUCCAGCUCACGUUGAACCCCGGCGCCGUCCCAUCACUGCAGCCGGAAGAGGCUGAGGAGAGCCCGGCACGUGUGGAGCCUGAGGAAACCAAAGAAGUGGCCUGUCUGCGUGAUCAACUUAAAACAUGUGACGGCCCGACUGCCUUUUCUGAAGAGUCGAUGGCUGUCCAAGGAAGCCCCGUCCCAGGAGGCAUCUCAUGUUCAACGGAUGCUUCAAGUGCUCUGGUAUCUGGCCAGAUGCCACCAAAACAUAUGGAUUUUGAUUUGAUCGGAGAAAAAGCUGCACUCCUGCAGAUGAAAGGGAAGUACGUUGUGAAUGAAAGACGCCUCCUCCAGCUGUUCAGCCACAAGUGCCCGUGGUGUGGCUCUAACGUGAAGAUGGAGAAGGUCACCUGUGGGUUGCUCGUCGUCUUGAACCAGCAGUGUCUGCAGUGUGACUACAGAAGCCAAUGGAAAAGCCAAGUCGACGCCAGGGUCCCAACCGCUGAGGAUCAACAGCUGACAGAAGUAGGAGAAGUAACUCCAGAGACCCGACAGGUUGUCGCUGUUAUCGAUGAGCGGAUCGAUGAGUCGAGUCAUCCGGGGGACGUGGAUUUGGAAGAGGACUGGAAGCCGGGGCACGGCUCUUCUCAUGCGAGAGUGCUAAUAAAGAAACCGGAGGAGGAAACCGAAGAGGAAACCGAAGAUGAAGAGGAGGAGGAGGACGACGAGGAUGAAGACGACGAGGAUGGAGAAGACGAAGAGGAAGAAUAUGGGGAUUAUCCUCCGCUUCCUGUCAAACACAGUCGCCUCUGCACAGAGUGCGGCGUGCUCUACAAUAAACGGAGGCCUCACACAUGCGAGCACAAAGUGAAACCCUACUCCUGCAACAUUUGCGGCAAGCGGUGCGUGAGCGAGAAAGCCCUGAUCACUCACGGCCGAAUCCACGACGAGAACUACGAGUAUCAGUGCAAAUACUGUCACGCUGCGUUCAAGACGAAGGGGGACAAGAUCACCCACGAGCAGAUCCACACAACUCAAGGGAAACCCUACAAAUGUCCAGACUGCUGUGAGACUUUCGCCACAAACAAGGAGCGCAGGCUCCACCUGGAGGACCACAGAGGCCCCCUACAGUUGAAAUGUCCCAUCUGCGGGAUCGACUUCCUGUGGUCCCUCUCCCUCCAGAGACACCUGGCCGUGCACACAGGGGACCGGCCCUUCAAGUGUUCGGUGUGCCAGCGCGGCUUCAAGCAGGCGGGCCACCUGAAAUCCCACGUGCGCCUGCACACGGGGGAGAGGCCCUUCAAGUGUCCGCGUUGUGACGAGUGCUUCAAUCACAACGUGAGCUUGAAGACUCACGUCCAGCGGUGCCACUCCUCGGGCUCGGGGCGCGGGCGGAAAAAAAAAAAGGUGAGCAAAAGGGCGAGGGAUGCUGCCGAUGCUCAGGAUGACGAGAGCCGAGGAUGUGAUGAUUCGGGGCUCGACAAUGUGGAGGACGAACGGGACACCGAGGAGGAGGAGGCGCAGAGGGGGAUUAUAUAUAGACCGAAAAAGAAAAGCACGGGCAGGCCCAUAGGGAGGCCGAAGCGCCACGAACCGGACAACUCGGAGGAAGGCAAGUCUUCGGACGCCAAGUGUGGGAAACUGCUGGCGCAGAGGUCAAAGAGGACACAACAAAGAGGAGGAGGCGAGGCCGAGCCAGGUGACAGCGGCACGUCUGUGGAGUCGGCAGAGGAGGAAGAGGAGGCGAUAAAGAGCACGGCGAGAUCGAGGGGAAGAGCGAACGAUUUUGACAGUGACUGUGAUUUUGACCCAGAAGAAAGAACGAGAAAGAGGUGCAGCAGCCAGAGCGGCAGUAACCGCUCGGGGAAGCGUCGGGGAAGACCACGGAGAAAUUCUAAAGACGGCUCUUAGAAUGAGCUGAAGAAAAGUAUUUGGUUUUAACGACUGUGGAAUGUAGAAGAAUUACGGUGGCGGACUCACACAGAAAAAAAGGUGAAGCCGCUAACGGUCCUUUCUAAAGCCAGUGUCUGGUUUGUCCAUCUGGGCUACCGUAGAGGCGGCCGUGUACAAACGGCUCGUUCUGAGAUGAAUGCAGCGAUUUUUUAUUUUCAGGUGAUUUUUGCACUCCAGAAAAUAUACUUGUUAUUAUUUUAUUCCAUUUCUACACUAGGAGCUCUUGCUUUGAAAAUACUUGUGAACCCUGUUACCUGAUCAGAUGUUAAUGCCUGCGUUUUCUUUCUGUUGUCAAGUUUCCAAUACAGUCAUAUGUACUUUG